AUGAUCACGUCCGAGAAGCGGUUCGGGCCCGCGUUUUGCACCGGCAAGGAAGAGGAGCCGAGUCCGUUUGCCUACACCCUCCGCAGCAGCUUUGAGCGCCAAAGCCGGUCGAAUGGGACGUUCAGCCUCGCGCCGCGGGAGUCGCCCGCGCCCAAGCCCGCGUUCGAGUCCGAGCACGAGCCGGCGCUGCCCGGCGCGUUCCCGAACGUCGUGACAACCGACCAGCUCAAGGCGAUCGAGGCCGAGCGCGUCGCGACGUACAACAAAUUUAAGACGCGGCAGCCGCGGACCAAACGCGGGGACGUCCGCGUCGGCGCUGGCCCGGGCUCGUACAACGUGGAGCGCGACACCAACCCGACACGGCUCUCGGCGCCGUGUAGCUUCCCAAAGGAGAAGCGCCUUGAUGUGCUCGACUUUGCCGCCCAGCGCGGCUGGGUGAGCGAUAGCCCUGGGCCAAAGUACCUCCCGACGAACGAGUUCGUGGCGUCGUCGGUCUAUGAUCAAAAGCACGACCGCCAUGCGCUGCUCACUAAAGCGCGAGCGAGGAAUGAUGCGCUCUUGCGGGAAGCGUCGGCGUCGCUCACGCCCUCGUACAAGGCGUUCGAGCGCUCGUUCGAGCGCUUGAACCACUCGCUCUCGGCGUCAGCGAUCAAUUCGCCCCACCGCGGCCGCGUGCCCAGUCCCGUGGACAUCAAGCAGUCGGGUCCGGGGUCCUACGAUGCGACGGGCACCGACUUUACCGUCAAGCGCAGCAAGCGGGGCACCUUUGGCACGGCCAAGAACCUCGACCUCCUCUCGUCGCUCAUUGCGGCCGGCCACGCGGCGUCGACGCCGACGGGGCCGGGCGACUACAACCCGCAGAAGCUCGUCUCGUUCCAGUCGAAAACGUUCAAUGCGCGGGGCGGCUACGUGCCGCAGCGGACCGACGUCCAGACCAACCUCGACUCGCUGAAGAUGAAGGUGCCACCCAACACGAGCCUCCUCCUUACCGGCCAUCCCUCCAAAGACGGUCACGCGCCGGCGAAAGAGCUCUGGAAAGCCAUGAUGAAGUCGCCCGACCCGCGCGUCCUCGGCUACGACACCGGUGCGCCCAGCAUGCCAAGUACCAAGGCCAAGUCGCCCAAGCCAUCAGUCAAGACCGACGCACAACCGGAGCCCGAGACCGCUGACGACCCGCCCGCGGAAGCACCGAGCUCAUUAACACUGUAA